CCAACAUACAAAACCCCAUGGAACCCAACCCCCCUUGUCGAAUCCACGACCCUCUCCCGCGCCGCAGGAUGUAGAAUCUUCCUGAAACUCGAAAACAUCCAACCCAGCGGCUCCUUCAAGUCCCGCGCCAUGGGCAACCAAAUCCUUUCACACCUCCGCAAGCCCGAGAACUUCCACAAGCCCGUCCACUUCUACGCCUCCUCUGGCGGCAACGCCGGUUUGGCCGCCGUCUGCGCAGCCCGGACCCUAGGCUACCCCUGCACCGUGGUGGUACCCGUCUCCACAAAGCCAUUGAUGGUGCAGAAGCUCCGGAACGCCGGUGCCGCGGACGUGAUCCAGUACGGGGAGACGUUCUCUGAAGCGGGCCAGUACAUGAAAGACGUUGUUAUGAGCGGCGGUAGCGGUGAUGGUGGUGAGGAAAGCGAAGAUGUCGUGAAGAUUGCUCUCCAUCCGUUUGAUAAUGAGCCGAUCUGGGCGGGGAAUAGCACUAUUGUUGAUGAAUUGGUGGAGCAGAUUCCUCCUGCCGUUGGGGAAGAAGAAGAGGAAACUCAUGCUGGUCGUGCGUUGCCUGUUGAUGCGAUUGUUUGUAGUGUUGGGGGUGGGGGGUUGUUGAAUGGAUUGGUUAUGGGGAUUGAGCGGUAUCGGGAUGCUGCUGAUGCUGAUGCGAAGCCGGUUCAUAUUGUUGCGGUGGAGACGAAGGGUACGGACUCGUUGGCUACGGCGUUGGAGAAGAAGGAGCUUGUCUCGUUGCCGAAGAUCACGUCGCAGGCUACGUCGUUGGGGGCGAUCAGGGUCUCGGAGCGGACGUUUCGGUAUGCGGUUGAGCCGCCGCCUGGAGUGAAGGUGCAUAGUGCGGUGUUUUCGGAUGCGGAGGCCGCGAGGGGUGUGCUGAGGCUUGUGGAUGAUGAGAGGUUGUUGGUUGAGUUGGCUUGUGGGGUUUGUGUGGAGGCUGCGGUUGGGGGGUCGGGGGCAUCGAGGUCCUCUGGGUUGGUGUCUGCAGGGCAGAAGAGGAAGAGGGGUGUUGAGGUUGAGUAUGUGGGAAAAGAUGAAGGGUAUGGUGAUGAUCGGCUGUCUGCUGGGGAGAAUGAGGAUGAUAGUCCUGCUCCUUCUGUGUCGUCGUCAUCGUCGUCAUCACCCGGGGGGUUGCAGUCCAAGCUUAAGCAGUUGGUGCCUGGCUUGACUGCGGAUAGUCGAGUGGUGAUUAUUGUUUGUGGUGGCAGCAAUGUCACGAUUGAUAUGGCGGCGGAAUGGAGGAAGAUGCUGGCGGAGGGCUGGGCCACGUUGGAGUGA